UUAAGGACUUCUCAGGUGUCUUACCAGAUCUGGUGACUUCUCGGUUUGUCCACCACUGGUGUGAUUUCUCUGUCGUGUGGUUGUGCCACGCGUUGGAGUACCAAGUGUUGUUUAAUUGUCAGUACAGCGGCUGCACCUGAUUCUACUGCUGUUUCAGCUACCGACUGUGCUUCCACAGUCACUGGCCGGAGGCUCAGGCUGAGGCCUAGCGGGACUUCUGCGUCCCGCCAGACCCACCUCUGCCACUGCAGCCCAGUGUAGUUUUUAACUAAGUUUCUAUCGUUCUAUUUUACCAGUAAAGACUCGGAAGUCAGAUGCUGGGGUGAAAACCUUCUAGCAGACCUUCCUCCUUAGCUGGCGACCAACAAAAAGAACUUCCUUCCACCGUGUCGAACUAAAAAAGACCGUCAGACUCAAAGUCCCUCCCUCCUACUUCCUGUGUGUUUCUCUAUUCCUUUUCCUGACUCCCUCUAACUCUCUAUGACUACUUCCUGCCAGCUAGUUGCUAGCUCCACCUCUUGACCCAAGGUUUCAUUUAAUUAAUGCAAACUCGGGGUUCACAAUGUGAUCAGAUAUCCUGCAACAGAUCCUGAUCCUCCCGGACCUGUUCCCUUUUCUAGAGAAGGGUGACAUCGCCCCUUCUUUUCAGCCUGACUCUUCCUGUAAUUAACAUCCCUAAAGCAGCUCCGGCUGAGGCGAAAGAGACACUCAAGGCACACAGAGAGUCCUUGGGUAGGCACACUCCCGCCACCCUGCAUAAACGUCAUUUUACCCUAACUAUAGACUGAACUGAUAUCCUCCACAUCAUCAGGCUUAAAUAGACUUCAGAUUUCAGAGUACCUGGAAGGCAGGACCUGGGCUGCCGGGCUCCUGACAGUUCGGUCGGAACCUUGAUGCUCGCCCCACUGCAGGCCGCGGAGGGAAGCCGAAGCCCUGCGCCACCGUCUUACUAAAGGAGUGCAAGCCCCGCCGUUCGUUCUUCCCCACGCUGGGCUGGCCACUGGCGGGGCUGGGCGGGGCGGGGCAUGGCGACCGCGGAGCUCCGGGGGCACGCGGUGCCGAUGUUCACCCAGGGGACCCAGCCUGGCGCGGCCCCCGAUGGCACAGCAGAAGCUGCGGGACUGCCUUCCGGACGGGGCGGCGGCGCUGCCCUCCGUCUCGGGGAACGCGCGCUCGCUGCUGUGGAGAAGCGGGGACCAUACAUGGUGACGCGCGCACCUUCCAUUCAGGCUAAGCUUCAGAAGCACCGGGACCUGGCCAAGGCCGUUCUACGGAGAAAGGGCAUGCUGGGGGCCUUGCCGAACCGCCCCGAUUCUUCAGGGAAAAGGUCAGUGAAGUUUAACAAGGGCUAUACUGCUCUUAGCCAGAGUCCAGAUGAAAACCUGGUGUCCCUUGACUCUGACAGUGAUGGGGAGCUGGAAUCCAGAUACUCCUCCGGGUAUUCCUCUGCAGAGCAGGUGAACCAGGAUGUGAGUCGGCAGCUGCUGCAAGAUGGCUAUCACCUGGAUGAGAUUCCAGACGAUGAGGACCUGGACCUCAUCCCCCCUAAGCCUAUUGCCUCUUCCGCCUGCUCUUGCUGCUGGUGCUGUCUUGGGGAUUCUUCCUGUACCCUCCAGUAGCCAUAACCCUCCAGGAUGGGCCCUGCUCAUGGUGAGCCCCGAUGGCUCUUCACAGCUCUGCACUGGGCACUCUUGCCAGCCUAGAAUCCCUGGAAACACUGACCUUCU